AUGGUUAUUCUGAUCAAUCGAGGAUGUGUAGGUCUUGAAGAAAUUCGCACACAUCGUGUCACAUUACGUUUGAUCCUAUUAAUUAUUGGAAUAUGUAUCUGCUGUAUUCUAUUAACAUUCGCAAUAAGUAACUUCGGUAAUGAUACUCAUCAAAUAGAACCAGAACCAGUUAAAUGUGAUUGUUCAUUAACACAAAAUUCAUUUCCUCAAACAAUUCCAUCAGUAUCAAAUAUUACUCCAAACAAACCCAUAUUAAAACCAUGUAAACCAAUUAAAAAAACUUCUCCUGUACAACGUGCCAUUGUUAUUUAUUAUCCAAGUCAUCAAAGUGAAUAUUUUUUUCCAGAAGUCAAAUGGCUUUAUCGUUCAUGGGUUGAAAUGUUACUUGGUGAACCAUCAACAUGGCGAACAGAUCUUGUGAUAUUUACAUAUAAUUUUUCGAGUGAAUUUCGAAGACUUGGUUGUGUUCAUCGUCUUCGUCAAAAUAAGGAAGAACCAUCUAUGUGUCGACUUUUUCUCUAUGUGCCAAUACAGUUUCGAACAAAAAAUAUUACGGAUAACGAUUUUCAACAUGCAUUUGAUGAUGCAAAACGUGUUAUAGAAUCAUAUAAAGAUAUAAAUGACUCAUUUAUUGGUGUACCAUUAGUAAAUGAUAAAGAAACAUUUGAUGCAAAACAUGUUUUCAUUUAUCAUCAUUUUGCAACAUAUAUUCCAUCAAAUUGCACUUUCAUAACUGGUGGUGGUCGAUAUACCACAAAAUUCAAUCGACGUAAAUUGAAAAGUAUUGCUCAUGAUAUGGGCUUUGCACAUGUCAAUUUACUUAACAUGGGCUCGACAUGGUAUGGUUCACCAUAUGAUGCAUAUUUAGUUGCUAAUCAAACACUACAUGGUAUGCUAUGGUUAGCAUUAUAUGAAUUUGCUAUGCCGGAAAGAGAGUCUAAAUUAGGAACAUUGAUGUGGCCUGAAUGGCAUUAUGGUGUUUUACUUUUAUAUGGUCAACAAUUAGCUUUAAAUCAUUUAGUUGGUAUAAAUCAAAUUCGCAUACUAAUAGGUCAUAAUCUUCUCGACCAAUUAACAACAGAUGAUAGAGUGGAAUAUGUUCAAAAAGGGAUACGUCUUAAUUUACAUUGUUGGCAUACAGAUUUACCUUUUUCAAAAUUUGUUUUCAAAAUGGGUAAAUAUAAUCAAACUGACUUAGAAAAAUAUAAAAAUGGGAAAACUGCUCAAGCUUAUGCAAUGCGUAUGGCACUUGAAUCAAAGUAUAUGACACUUGAAGAAUUGGCUGCAUAUGGAAGAAAAAAAUCUUUGUCAUCUUAA